ACUUCCGGCCACGCAGGAAAACGUCGCAAAAGCCCCUGGACAACAAACAAACGAGACGGUCGGACUGCCUGAACAGAAAGACACACAUUAUUAAUUCCCAGUGAAACAGCAAUAUAUUUAUUUUCACGUAUUUAGAGUAUAGCUAGUGAAUAUUCAUUUUAGAUAAAAGUCGAACGAAUUGUUCAGGCGCUCGAGUUAAGCCCCUCCGCCUCCCAGCCCGUCAAGCUAUCGAGGGUGUUAGCUAGUACCAGCGCUAGUAUGUGUGAUCACACUGAAUAAUUUCACUUGUUUCUAUUACUUAAACCACUCGAAAAGAAACAGUUCAACAUUGACUAGUUUUUAGUGAACAGCAACGCCGACGGUAUGAAUAAACAAGAAGUUGAAGGGCGUCCACAGAAAAAGAGUGAUGGAGCUCAUCUUCAGCAAAGUGCCGAUUUGUCGUCGCCUGUCCUUGCCGCCUUCAAAGUCUUCCAGAAGGAGCUUGACACCAAACACGACAAACACGAACGCCUUGUCAAGCUCAGUCGAGACAUCACCAUUGAGAGCAAGAGGACAAUUUUUCUUUUGCACAGAGUGACAAGUGUUCCAGAUGUCGAGGUGGUUUUGAAUGAGGCAGAUGGAAAACUGGAUGGCGUGAGACAGAAAAUUGGUCAAAUUGCUGAAGAGCUGAAAGGAGAGGAUAUCUUUCAGUUUCACAGAGCAUUCACUGCAGGAAUCCAGGAGUAUGUGGAAGCUGCCUCCUUCCAGCACUACAUCCGUCAUCGCAGCCUCAUCAGUCUGGAGCAGAUCAACGCCAGACUGGUGUUCAUGACAGGAGACAAGGUCUCUGCUGACACACUGCCAACGGGAGCUCAGGUCCUGACCUUCCAGGUGAUGCCCUCAGACUAUUUGCUGGGCAUAGCAGACCUGACGGGAGAGCUGAUGCGCCUGUGCAUUAGUAGCGUGGGCAACGGUGACAUCGACACGCCCUUCCAACUGAGUCAGUUCUUGCGCCAGAUCCACGAUGGUUUCACCUUCAUCGGGAACACUGGUCCUUAUGAGGUUUCCAAAAAGCUUCACACGCUGCGUCAGAGCCUGGGCAAAGUGGAGGAUGCCUGCUACACCCUAAAAGUUCGUGGUUCUGAGAUUCCCAAACACAUGUUGGCUGACGUCUUCUCCAGUCGGAACGCUCACAUGGACCCAGAGGAAGGUGGCAUGGCCUCAGGGACAGCUGGCAGCUUCAGCCGUAAGAGGCUCCACCGGAGGUACAUGAGAGAAGAGCAGUGCAGGCCACAAACCACUACUGAUGAUCAGGAAGACGAGGACGAUGUUGACACUUGCAUGAGUGAAUGUCAAACUGAUGCGAUGAGUCUAUCGCCUGCUGGCAGAAUAUCCCCAAUGAACCUUCUACCAAAUGAUGACAUUCCUUUUCCCUCCACCAACUGCAGUACCCUCAAUGAUGCUUCCAAUCACUGCAGGGAACUCAUGUUAAAGCCAGACCCAGUCCUACUGCAUUCAGCUCAGGCCAGACUGGCUACCCCAGAAGACUCUUUCAAUUCCAGCUUCAGUUUUAUUCAGCAGUCUCUCUCUACACCAGCACUAGAUUCGGAAUCCCCUCAAGCCACAAAAGUGCCUCAUUUGUCUCAUAUUAAACCAGCAUCUUUGGAUCAGCCUGAGUCAAAGCAGUCACCCCUGAUCACCUCGACCUCUGUCCCUGGCAGCCAUGAAGACAGGACGACCAUCUCACUAUUAGGUGGAAGGUUUUGGGGUGAACGUGUGUGGGGCAGCAGGGAGGUGGAUGGUGACUUUCAGUGUCCGGAUACAGAAGUCACAUCGUCACUGUCACUGGACUCAGACACGGCCUCUGCAUCCUCGGUCACCUCGGGAUACGAGAGCGCCACACCCGCUUCCGACCAAGGCUGGGACAAUUUGGUGAAGAAGUAUGACCGCGUGCUGCAAGACUGCCUCCAAAGCAACCGGACACACACUAAGAUCGAAUCUAUGAUGUUAAAGCUCCACAGACUCCAGCAGAAAGCCAUCAUUGAAGAUGAUUACGAUGCAGCUGAGCGAUUUGGGAAAAAGCUGGAGGAGCUGUGCAGGGAACGAGGCUCUCUGAAGUUGGGUUUACCUUCUAGGCAGCCCAGUGUGGCCCUGUUUCUGGAGAGGCUCAGACAGGUGGUGCAGAGCGCCCUCCAGAGGACAGACACCUGUAAGCACAGGUCAGUCAGGUCGAGUGCAGAACUUGAUGCAGGGGAGCGGUCGGAUUCAAGCCGUAGAGAUCGUCUCAUCCAAGAGAAACGGGCAGUAGAGGACGAAACAAAAGAGCUGCAGCAGAGGCUGACGGAGCUAAAGGAUCGCAGUCGAUGUCUGGAGCAACAGAUCCAGCGGGAGGAGCAGCAGAUGGAGGCUGAAGAGCUGGAGGGCUCUGUGCUGAGGAGCUGCACCGUUGCUCAGCUCCGAGACAUGAACCAAACCCUUCAGGAUCUUGUGACUUCUGAGAACCGCACACAAAUAGCCGUCUCUCCUCCGCCCUCAAUGCUCAGACUCCUAGAACAAGAGCAGGCAUUGACUCUAUCCAUCAAGGAAGCUACAGCCAAAGUGGUCAUGAGUCAGAAGCUGGGCAGCAGUCUGAGGAGGAAAGUCAGUGAGGUUGAAACACAGCUCUUAGCUCUGCAUGAAGCCAAACUGGCUGCCAUCUCAGGUAAUGACUUCAGCAGUGCCAAGGAGCUGAAGGCUGAAAUUAAAGCGAUGUACCAGGAGCAAGAGAGACUGGAGGUUCUGGCCAAGAGGCUGCACAGUCUAAGCUCAGGAAGCAGCCAGGAGCUGGCCAGGAUGAAGGAGCAGCGGCAGCAGCUCAGACAGGAGCUGGAGCAGAGGGAGGCGCAGCAUGAAAGCAAGUUGAAAGAAAACACCGGAAAAUACAUUGAGCUGUUGGAGGACAGGUUGCACAGCUGUAGCUGUCCGGGCUUGGAGCGGAUUUGGGAAGCCGACCUGGAGGCGUGUCACUUGUUCUUACGCGGCCUGCAGCUGCAGACAUCCAGCUACAGUGGAGCGGACUUCGAGGACUACCUCGCCACCGCUGGUUAUCCGUCAAAUCAAGUGUGCACCAAAGAGGAAGAAGACAGCGCCAUGUUGACUGCUUUAGGAGGCCGCUGGUGUCCCGAGGCCAAUUUACAGAACUCUGAGUUCACCAAGAAACUGGAAGAGUUUUUGUUCAGCAUGGAGGAUAUUAACCCACAGCAGGACGUGUCCAGCGAUGAUGAAGCAGCAGACCUGGCAGAGCGCUGUGAGCUGAUCGGUGACAGACUAAUGACCUUGGAGGAUGACUUACAGACGGCCAUACUGAACCGGGAUCAGGCCCUGAUUGAGUCGCUGGAGAGAAAAGUUCAGGAAGUUAAAGCCACUUUGCAAAACAUGCUCGCCCUGCUCAAAGAGGAAGUCAAAGAGGACUCCAACGAAGACGACCCUGUAGAAAAUGGGAUUUUCGAGGAGGACGAGGAGGAGGACCAGUACUUCAGUGACAGCUGGGACAUUUGAAGCCUGUUGUGUUUUAUGAGCACUCACACUCCUGACCUCCACUCUCCAGUGGAAGUGACCCUUCUUCCACUUACUGCAAAGCAUCAGGCCAAGCUUUUUACAUGCGGCCCCCUGUGGAACUGCGCAAAGUCUCCAGUUGUUCAAACAAGGGUUUAAAACACAGGAAAUACAGUAAGUGCCUUCAGGCCUUUCUUGCUACGUUUGUCAGUUAAGUUCAAUCAAUCUACGAAAGUCAGUAUUAUCCUCCUGAGAGCCAGCGUUGGAUUUUGUGGAACAGUUUUCUGCUCAGUGGCCUUGUGGUUAGAGUGUCCGCCCUGAGAUCGGUAGGUCGUGAUUUCAAACCCCGGCAGAGUCAUACCAAAGACUAUAAAUAUGGGACCCAUUACCUCCCUGCUUGGCACUCAGCAUCAAGGGUUGGAAUUGGGGGUUAAAUCACCAAAAUGAUUCCUGAGCGCGGCCACCGCUGCUGCUCACUGCUCCCCUCACCUCCCAGGGGGUGGAACAAGGGGAUGGGUCUAAUGCAGAUGCUAAUUUCACCACACCUAGUGCGUGUGUGACUAUCAGUGGUACUUUAACUUUAACAGAGCUAUUUUUUUUCAACUCUGACAAAAGAAAUGGACCAACUUCAAGUCCACUGCAGAUGACGCUGGUUCUCAGGAAGUUAUGUCAACAAUUAUACUAACUAAGCUCAGUGACCAAAACAGAAAAUGUACACUGAACCCCAAAAUGAGCACAACAUUUUUCUUUGACUUUUUGUGGGACCAAAAAUAACAUUUUACUAGGGAUGCACAAUGAUUUUUUUCUCACGCUGAUACCGAUACUAAUAACCAGCUUCUCUAUACCAAUAACUUAUUUAUACUGUGGAACCUCGAUUCACAAACUUACUUGAUUCUUUAACAUGGUUCGUAAAGUAAAGUUUGUACAGUGAAGUAUAGUUCCCCAAAAGAAUCAACGUGAACAUGAACCAUUUGUUCUAGCCUGGACAAAAGUCCCUAUUUUAAUAAAAAAACGAAAUACUCUGAAGAAACUUCAUGUAUAAAUAUACUGUACAUAAUUAUCAAACCUGAGGUGGCGACUUGUCCAGGGUGUACCCCGCCUUCCGCCCGAUUGUAGCUGAGAUAGGCUCCAGCGCCCCCCGCGACCCCGAAGGGAAUAAGCGGUAGAAAAUGGAUGGAUGGAUAAUUAUCAAACCAACAUAAGGUGGCUUUAAUUAAGGUCCGAUGUGGCAUCUUUUUUGGUCUCAUCACAAUUAAAGACUUACUGUGGAACAAAUCCCCCUUUGCUGAUAAAAUCCUCGAACUGAAGGUGCCGCAAGCCGGAGGCUAUCUAGUUCAAACGCUAGCUCAAAGCAGUUGUCUAGCAACUCAAAGCUAUACAGCCAGACUGUGAGAGUUUGGACACGUUCAAAGCGUUUCUGAUCACACAAAGUGAUCUCUCAGACAGGCUGACACAGCUCUGACCGCCGCAAGGUACGACAAUUGUGGGAAUAAGCAGGUCAGAAGUGUCGCUUGCCGACAAAGCUCUUGGAAAUGGCCGCACCCUUGUGUACAGGAUGUAAACAGGAUGUGAGGUAGGGCCUCUUUAAAAUACAGGAAGUGAAGUCAUCCAAAUAGCAGCCCACGAUGGUUUCAAGCGACAUGCAAAAUAAAUGAAUGAGUUCGUACACUGAGACAUAGCUCGCACACAGAGGCAUAUUUGGCACGAUGUAAACGUUUUAAACUGAAAAGGUUGCAAAUAGUGGCGUUCGUAAAUCGAAGUUCCAUUGUAUCUAUUAUGUUUUACAUUUAGUGGUAACUGCAGUUUGUGAUAACAUCUGAUGUGUUGAAGAGUGAUGUUUUUUUUCCCGUUCUUACGGAAUGUUCGCAGAACAUUUGGUGCGAAUAACUCGCAAAAUGUCUUCGUCUUGAAAACUGAGAAACCAUGUUUGUUAAGAGUGAGCUCAGGGAAGGUUGACAGCACAAGCAGGAGGAAGGGAGCGCUUAAUUUGCUCACCCUAACCACCUACGGUAGAGUAUGGGUAAUCUCGCCUCAUUGGAUUUUGGAUUUUAUUUUUUCGGAGCUAUUUUCAAUCUUGUCGGAUUUAUUGGUAUGACGUCAUAGUUCCUCAUAUUUAUUGUGCACCCCUAGUGUUUACGUCCUGUGGAUUUUUAUAUGCAUUUUUUAAAUUAAUGUCAUUUUGUGUGCUUGGUGCUAACUUAAACAAUAUUGUUUCCAUGUGAAAAUGCAACAUUUGUGUUCUGUGGCUGAAGGAUAACAUUGAAAAGGAGUGUUAGGAACACAAUUAAAAAGAAAAAAUACAAUAAAAAAAGUAAUUCACUGAUAACAAUUAAGUUGUAAUGUUAGAAGAGGAAAAAGUAUUUCGUCAAAAUGUUUGAGUAAAUGUCUAAAUCCUGCAUGCAAAACCUAAAUGCAAAAGUUUGAGUCAGUACAGCAGUUUGUUUCUCUUCUCUCACCUGUAUAUAUUUUAGCUAAUCUUUAUAUAUUGUAUUGCUUAAAAGCCAACAAACCAGUUAAAUGAAUGCAAGUUUGUACUGUAAUUUGUAAUCCCAAAACAUUUCUCAGAAGCAUUUUUUUUUUGUCAUACAAAUGUUUAUUAUUACACAUAAUCAUUUCAUCCCUGUAAAAUUUAGAGGUUUUUUUUACGUGGUAAUAUCACUUAAAAAAUUUAAAAAUAAAAGUUUAUUCUAAAGUCUGAUUUUUAAACUCUAUUCUUGUUACGGCCUGUUUUGGCCUGUUUUGGCCUCAAUGCCAAGAUGCAGAGACGUCAGGCAUAGCGCAGGUAAAAAUAUAUUUAAUCUCGAAACACAAAGGAAAAGUUCAGCAGGGAAGUGCACAGGAAGCAUAAAGACUUGAAAAUGAGACCGAUCAGACUGGCAUAUAAAGCAUCCUGGUUACCAAUAAGGGACAACAGGUGAGGAAGCCAGCGUCCAGACAGGAGAAAUAUUAAACUAGAUCCAAUUGCAGGACGUACACACUUUAAGCCAGGGGUCGGCAACCCAAAACGUUGAUAGAGCCAUAUUGGACCAAAAAUACAAAAAACUAAUCUGUCUGGAGCCGCAAAAAAUUAAGAGCCGUAUAUAAGUCUUAUAAUGAAGUAAGUGUCUAUAUUAGCUAUAAUCAGUGUUGGGUUAGUUACUGAAAACCAGUAACUAGUUACUUCAUUUCAAAAGUAACUCAGUUACUAACUCAGUUACUUACACCAAAAAGUAAUGCGUUACUGUGAAAAGUAACUAUUUAGUUUCUUAUUUUUUUCUUCUUUUUUUUUAAAGCUCCCAUUAAUGCCCUUUUAGCCUUCAUUUCAGUACUGUUAUUGCACUGGAAAAUAAUACAAUCUGUUGAUCAACUUGACAUGCAUUUGCAUCACUGCACUCUGCUAAGCAAUGUGGUCUACAUACAACACACAAAGACAAAGAUAUGUUUCAAAGGGCCAAUUUGUUUCUGGCCAGAACAAAUUGACAAAACCAUUUUAAAUAGCUGCAACAUAACAUACAUAAGUAACAAACAGCAUAAUAACAGCAUAGCUUUAAAGCAAGAAAGGCACACACUACAUACACAAAGCCUAACCAUGCAUUUUUUCCUCAAGGAAUUCUGACACAAAAUCAUGUCUGAAGCCCAGAACACUCUACACAUUUCCCCAGUUUUAGUUUAGAGAUAAGGAAAGAUUGCCCUGGCCCACUAGCAUCCCUCUUUAUGUUUGUGAACUUUAUAGUCUAUACAUUUAGAGUGAUGUGAUAAUCGAACACUCUAGAAGUCUAGAAUGAAAGAGUAUAUAAGAGAAUUGACAGCAAGGUUCCCUCUAAGGUGCGCGCCUGUGCAAUUGCGCACUGCUCAAGCAUCCUCUGUGCACGGCAAAUCUAUGCCACGCAUAAAAUCAAAUAAAAAAAUAAGCGCAUAACAAUUUUCGACACACGGACACGACAGAGAAAACACUUUUUGUCAUCCUUGUUCAAAUAUUGUAACGUCUGUCGAGACGCUUUGAGGACAUGAAUUCCAUCCAUCACUUUACUGAGCAAAACUUUUUAUUGUCGGCCAUGAACACAUCACCGAAACAUUAGUAAAAAAAAUGAUAUCUAGCAAAAGUGGUCAUUUUCUGCAGUACAAACCAGACCAAAAGCAACUUUGUUAGACCAACAGCAGCCGCUCGCUCUUUCUCACUUGCGCCAACACAUGCAUAUAUGGCACUUAGCCAGUGAUGCGUUUACAGCCACACAAAAAGUCGGACAACUCCAACACCACACAUAAAGUGUCAUUCCAGGUCGUUACACUAUGAUUUACCAAUCAAAUGUGUGCUUAUUCUAGUGUCAUUUAUUAGGAAUCUUAAUUUAUUAAUAUUAAUCAUUAAAUGCUGUUAGUAUAUUAAAUAAAUACUAAUAAAAAUAUAUUUUUUACAAACAGGUAGUUGCAGGAAUGUACACAUGAUCCCCUGCUUACAUCUCAUUGUGCAACAUGAGAAUGUUUUAGUUGGGAACUAAAUGCAAUGUCUGAAAGGGGUACAAAUUAUUUCCAAAGCAGGACAGUUCAUGAAAAACAAUAUUUUUUGCUAUUGUCAUUGUAAGUGGGCCUAAACACUUAUAUUAGAAAAUAACCUCAUGGAAAUGACUGCUGUCAUUUGAUUAUAAUAAUAAGAGAAUGUUGUCUGUCUAUCUGUGUUGGCCCUGCGAUGGGUGGGGACUUGUCCAGGGUGUACCCCGCCUUCCGCCUGAAUGCAGCUGAGAUAGGCUCCAGCGACCCCGAAAGGGACAAGCGGUAAAAAAUGGAUGGAUGGAUGGAUGGAGAUUGAACUUGUUAUUUAGUCAGGUUUGGGACAGGUGUGCUGCUAGUGUAGCCACAGUGUGCACGUCUGAUGUUGCUCACAUGGGCUCAUUGAAUGUUCAGGGAGUUUUUGCGUUUGCUCACACAUGAACAAUUAGAGGGAACAUUGAUUGACAGAGUGUGUACCUUCAGUGCUGAAUGAUGAGCAGAGGCAGAGUUAAUCCUUAAGUGGUGGUGGAGAGAAAGUGGCUGUCUCUCUUUACUAGCUACGUCGAAGCGUGUUGCUUAUGUAGCUUGUUUCAGCAGAUUUGAAUUGCUGUUUUGGGCAGUAGAUGGGAUCUUUGAUCCAAAGCACAAUUUACAUUUAACUAAAAUGUUAUUUUCUUUGUGCUCGACAAAAGAAAAGUAGUGAAAAUAUCUCCAUGUUAACAAACUCGACUGCAGCUCCGCCAUGAUCAGACACCCCCCCCCCCCCUCCCCCGUCUUUCUCUCUUUACUCCCCACACUAACACUCACACACACAAAGAGCGCACGUCACUCUUCCUCGGCUUGAGACACAAGAAUCAGAACGAUGACACUGAAGCGCUCCGAUAAAACACACUUUAUACUACAUAAAAAGUAACGUAAAAUAACGCUGUAACGCAUCAUGUAGUAACGGUAACUGAGUUACUGAAUAUAAAAAAUAACGCGUUAGAUUACCAGUUACCGCCGAAACUAACGGCGUUACAGUAACUUACUUUGUAACGCGUUAGUCCCAACACUGGCUAUAAUAGCCUACUAUCAAAAUGACUAUGUGUCACAGGCUGAAGCAAAUCUCAUUUGCUUCAGCCUGUGAAUGUCAACGAAUUUCACAUUUCUGUCAAAUUCGUUGACAGAAAUGUUGAAAUGUAAUAUUUAUUCUACACAUUUUUACAACAUUAGAAACCAUUAGUAAAUCAGACGUUACUCAGAAGGUGAGAUAACUCCUGGAAAUGACUGGCUUUUAAUGGCCAAAGGUAUAGAUGUGUGUGUCCAAGUUAAAGAAAAUAGCAGGCUGUCUUCUUCUAAUGGAUUUUUUUACAAUCUUUGGCAAGCUGGGUAGUGUUUGCUGUGGUCUGGAACAACAUGGCGCACAAAAAACUAUCUGAAAUGCAGCCAGUACUACAUACAGAUAAUGUGUCAUGAGACAUGCAAAACUAAAUUAAAUACAAAGAGGAUACAAAUAAAGGAAAUUAAAUGAGCUCAAAUAUACCUACAAAUGAGGCAUAAUGAUACAAUAUGUACAUACAGCUAGCCUAAAUAGCAUGUUAGCAUUGAUUAGCUUGCAGUCAUAUACUGACUAAAUAUGCCGGAUUAGGACUCCACACAAGUCAAUAACAUAAACAAAGCUCACAUAUGUGCAUUCACGCACAGCAUAAAACGAUUGGUGGACAAAAUGAGACGAAGGAGUGGAAGAUUUUACAUGUAAACAAACUAUUGUGUUUGUUUGUAUUUUCCCCCUCAUCUUUUUCCAUUUUCAAUCCUUUUUUACAAAUGCUCCAGGGAGCCACUAGGGCAGCACUAAAGAGCUGCAUGCGACUCAAGAGCUGCAUGCGACUCAAGAGCUGCGGGUUGCUGAGCCUCGCUUUAAGCGAACGCCACAGUGACGACAACAGAAGUGAAGCGCGCUGACAUGGCAAGAAAAUAUUUUCAUCGCAAACAUUUCGAUCUAAUCAAUUAAUUAAUGCAAACAAAAGGUGACGUUAGGGUUAGGGGUUAAUAUGUAUCUUUAUUGUAGUUGCUAUAUUGUUAGGUGCACAGAGACCGGUACAACAUUCUUUUUUUUUUGUUCAUUGCAUACAGACAGCCAAACACGCAACAACCAUAAGCUGUUUAUCAACCAUAUUUCGUCAAAGUUUGGAUAAAAUACAUUUAGCAUAGUCACAUGCGUAUAUUGACCAGCUUGGGUCACGUUACAAAUGUACUGUGGGUGUUCCUUAACAAGGGUGUUCCCUUACAGUGCCUGCGUCCAGUAGUUGGACCCUUCUCGAUAUAUUGGCAGAAAUGAGGCAGACAGGAAAUGAAACCAUAAUAAGAGUGCCGGAUAGGAAAUAAAACAAAAUACAGGAACAUAAGAAAACAAAGUCCAAACCUUUCAUGACAAUCAUGACAAUUUCCAUUAAGGUAAAACUUUUUAUGAGUUGUUUGGAUACAAUUACUUCUUUCACAUAAAGUUCGGAUUUUUUUUCUUCUAAUACUCUUUUUAUCUUGUGUAAUUUGGAUAUUUGUUUCCUCCUAAUUUUACAACUUAAUCUUAAAUUAUGAGUUUUCUCUUAUAAUAUAUUUUUGAGAAGAAUUGAUACUAUUACCCUUUUUUUAUCUUUUUACAUUCUAAUUUCUUAUCAUAAUUAAAAAAAAAAAAUUCUUGAAUAAUUAUGACUUUUUUUAUAGUAUAUUUUUCUUUUCAGUGAGUCCCUAAUACUCCUAUAAAAUAACUUGAUGAUGCUUUUAAAAAACUUGCACGUGUAUUAAGCAAAUUUGAAGGAUAAAAUAUCAGUUGGCACAACAAAAGGUGUGAAACUGCUGUUUGCACAAGCAUGCAUGAAUCGUGUUCAUUCCUAACGUUGUGUUAUCUUAUUUUUCCACGGGCUGUACAAUCCUGUAUUUCCUAUUUAUUGCUUCUCGUGUGUCACUAAUUACAGUAUGUGCCUGAUGAUGAGUCCUGCUGUUUUCUUGUUGUCGCCACUUUAGCGACGGCCCCUCAUGGCGAAUGUGCGGGCAUUCUUCCAGGCGAGCGGGGGCAGUGUUGACAUGUCGCAGCUAUCAAUGCUCUAAUAAAGGUCCUCCAGUGAGGUCUGUAGGGGAUACAAGCUUCUUUUGUUAUCUCACCUCGGCAGCAGCCGUGUGGCUAAUUGGAAGACAAACGGCCUGGCGGAGGGCGUGUGGCGGUGAAGGUGGAGUGUGCUUGCUUUGUCUCCAUCUGAUGCAGCUUUGUGUGUUGUAGUGGGCCAGGCGGCUGUAUCCUCACAGGCGUGUGCAGUCCUCACAGCUGAGUGCUCAGGCAGCCUUUUUCCCACAGCAGCACAAUGCCUCUUUCGCACACUGCUGACAGGUUGAAAAGCACCUUCCUGGCCAGAAGACUCCACCAUCUAUCAGCUCGAGGCAACGUACUGUACAGUAGCAGCCUGGCACACACACUCACGCACACCCACUUUUCUCCCCCAAAACUCCCACCACAUAAUUGAAUCCGUUGUGACACCACGCUGAGUGCUAUUGGGCUCGUGAAAUUGCUGAUGUUUAAAUUCCAGAUGGUUUGCAGCCGAUAUGUAAAGCAACACAAAGUGUGUUCUCAUUUGGGAUUAAAUUCCUUGUCAGAUACAUCACUGGACAUUUCAUUAGGUACACCUAAGAGGAUCUGAUAUUAGAACUGCAGCAACAAAAAAAACACUUUUUGAUAGAGAGGCACAUUAGUGAAAUGUGCUCACAAACACUCUGAAAAUGUAGACAUUUUUAGUUAUAAAAUAAAUAUAAAUAAAUGGUCGCCCAUGGUUAAAUAUCAAUCAAUCAAUAAAUCAAAGUUUAAUUAUAUAGCCCUUAAUCACAAGUGUCUCAAAGGGCUGCACAAGCCACAUCAGGGCAAGAAAAAACUCAACCCAAUGGGAUGACAAUGAGAAACCUUGGAAGGGACCGCAAAUGUGGGGAUGUUGCGGUUAGUAGUAUUCUAUCUUUAUUUGUAGUUAUUUAUACUUUCUGAAUAAAGUUUGUAAUAAUAUUCAUCAGUCAACUCAUUAGUGUUAAUUUUCCAUCUAUCAAGCUAAAAGAAAUAAUAUCAAAAUCAAAUUACAGGAUAUUAUUCAUGUAGUUUGCUCAGUUUUCUAAUGUUUCUUGGUGCACUAACAUCAUGUGGUUUAUUUUUAUUUUUUUUUUACAUAUGUAGCAUCAUCUACAAAUACAAAUAAUUGCUAUUGUGACAUCUAGUGGACACAUUUAGAACAGCAUUUUCUUUCAUUCAAAAAUUUCGGCUCAUUUUUAUACUUAGCAAACUCAUCCCACGGGCCGGAUAAAACCUGUUUGCCGGCCUGAUCCGGCCUGCGGGCCGUACGUUUGACACCCACGAUUUAGUCAAUAGUGUGAGAGUCCAGUCCACAGUGGGGCCAGCCGGAGAUCAUCUUGAGUGGAGACAAGUCAGCAACGCAGAGACGUCCCCAACUGAUGCACAGAGGAGUGGUCCACCCCGGGUCCUGACUUUGAACAGCUAGCGCUUCAUCUGUGGUCACUGCAGGAGAGGGGGCAGAGCAGAAAAGAGACGGCAGAUCAACUGGUCUAAAAGGGAGGUCUAUUCAAAGGAGUAUACAAAUGAGUAAAUAUAUCUAUAUAUAAUAAAUAGGGCCCCAAAGCAGAUUUUUUUUUUUUAAUAUUAGAAUAUCAGAAUAUUUUAUUUUAUUUUUGUUUUCACACUUCUUUUUUUUAAUUAUUUUUAAAUGUGAAGCGAUUAAAUUAAACUUGAAUUCAACCUGAUGCAUGUUUUGUACUAACUAGGACUUUUUUGUGUGCAAAAUAACAAUUUCAGCAUCAAAACACUGAUAUUUAUAAACCAUCAUAGCACAUUUCUAAACAGUACCACUUCCUUUCAGGACAGGCACUAAUGCUGUGCGCCGCUUAUCAGUGACGGAACAGGAAACGGCUAGGAAUACGCGUGUAGUAAAAUUUCAUAGCGCACUCUCAUUCCUAAUUUGACAUUUUACUCGCGCUUCUUUAUGCAAAACGGGGCCAUACGCACAGCGUGUGUUCUGGGUAUGAGGAGGGGCGGCCCUUUCACUAGUACUGUGUGAGAGGUAAUAGUGAGAUGUGUCUCGAACUGUGAACUACAUUUACAGAAAAAUAUUGUAAAUACCUGAAUGCAAUAUAAGAUGACUUUAUUUCAAGAUGUUAAGUGUUGUACACGCUUACCUGAUCGGUUGAUUGAAUUAGCAUCAUAACUGUCAUGAGCGAAGAAAGAAUAAAGCAACAGCAGAGUGCUGCUCAAAAAUGUUUAGCACCAGAAAAAAACAUGACUAACAGUUGCACACUCUGUAGGAAGGACUUUUGUUUUUCCACUGAAGAUCUACCAUCUUAAAAUAGCACACUAAUAACACAAAGAGGUCCACAUUAAGGUGUGUUAAUGUUUGUUUAGAAAAACAGUUUUUUCAUCAUUAAACAUAUUUAACAUCAACAUGAUGUUAAAUAUGUUUAAUAAACACGUUAAGUGCAUUUAUUUUCCCUUCUAUUUACUCAUGUAAAAUAAAAUAGCAUUAAUUUAGAUCAGUAGUCC